GCAGCAGCUGUGUGCCCUACCCCGUUUAUUCCAUUAUCAGCAUGCUAUAAGAGUCAACAUGAGCUGUUCCUCCUCUCAGCACUGAUCCAACAUGUGAUUCUCCGGGCUGAUGAACUGAACACAACAAAGGACUCAUCCUGUUGCUUCUAAACACAUGUACAGAUGAUAUGUAGGCUAUUUCAUGGAUUAUGGAUCCGAUAUGGAUAUGUUGCAAAUUUCUACUCUUUCUAAUAGUUGGUGUGAAUUCAUCUCUGCAUGACGGCGACGACGCUUCCUGUGAUGGAGCGUUUGAUAUUUAUUUUGUUUUGGACAGGUCAGGCAGUGUGUGGGGACACUGGGAUGAGAUAUAUGGAUUCGUGGAGCAACUCACCUACAGGUUUGUCAGCCCCAGGAUGAGGGUAUCCUACAUUGUCUUUUCAGCCAAAGCUGUUGUAAUACUGCCACUAACUGGAGACAGGACUAAGAUAGAUGAGGGCUUGAAGAGGCUGAGCCAAAUCAAACCUGCAGGUGAAACAUACAUGCAUGAAGGCAUGAAAGCAGUCUCUGAGCAGAUGAAGGCACAAACGUCACCAUCAUCUAGCAUCAUUAUUGUUCUGACUGAUGGCAAGCUGGAGGUCUUCCCCUUUGAACUGAGUGUAAAAGAGGCUGACAUAGCCAGAGGCUUUGGAGCCAGAGUGUACUGCGUUGGGGUCAUGGACUUUGACCACAAACAGCUGGCCGAAAUAGCAGAUGGCACAGAGCAAGUCUUCCCGGUGCUGUCUGGAUUCCAUGCCCUCAAAGACAUCGUCAACUCUGUCCUGAAGCAAUCAUGUAGAGAUGUAUUUACAAUAGAGCCAUCAAGUGUCUGUGUGAAUGAGUCUUUUAAUGUGGUGCUGAGGGGCAGCGGCUUCAGCGGAUCCAAAAGGACGGACAACAUCCUCUGCUCCCUGACUGUCAAUCAGCAAACUUAUGACCAGAAGCCGACGGUAGCUAAAGACGGCUAUCUGCUGUGUUCAGCCCCUGUUCUGCAUGAGGUCGGACAAUCCAUUGAAGUGCUGGUUAGCUUAAACAACGGGCAAUCCUACAUCUCCAGUCCCAUCACUAUCUAUGCCACAACAUGUUCAAAUGGGAUCUGGGUGCUCUGGUUGCUGUUAGCUCUUUUGCUAUUACUGGUUCUGGCUUUGCUCUGGUGGUUCUGGCCUCUCUGCUGCAUGGUGGUCAUUAGGGACCCACCCCCCUCUCGCCCACCUCCUCCACCACCUCCUGUCAUUGAGCCAGAGGAAGAACUUUCACCAAAACACAGAUGGCCUACAGUCGAUGCUUCAUAUUAUGGAGGCAGAGGGCCUGGAGGAAUCAAACGCAUGGAGGUGCGUUGGGGGCCGAAAGGGUCCACAGAGGAAGGGUCCCGGUUGGAGAAGGCUAAAAAUGCUGUGAUCACUUUGCCAGAUGAUGUGGAGGAGCCCAUUAUACCACGACCCCCACCUCGACCUCCUCCGAUCUACAACCCCCCACCACAGUCUAAAUGGUACACUCCCAUUAAGGGGCGUUUCGAUGCAUUGAUGGCAUUACUGAGAAGACAGUACGACAGAGUAGCAAUCAUGAGGCCAACACCUCAAGACAAGGGCCGCUGCAUUAACUUCACCAGAGUUCAAAGUCACUGAAGUUCAACAUUGGAUGAAGGAUGAACAUUUCCACCUUAUUCCACUGUUUGGCCAAACAUAACUGAAUGAUUGUUCUGAUUUCCUUUGUAUUGUAAAUAAAUGUGUUUCUUUAAA